AUAAGGUGAUGCUAGGAUGGACAGUCCAGGGUUCUGUGCUGAAUUCUGCACGUACACCACAAUGGAGAAUGACACAAAAAAAAUUGUGUCGAUUGUCAACAUGGACAAACGACAGGUCGGAGGGAACUCUGUGGCUAUGGAGAAGGCAACAUUCAUGGAGACCAUGGACACACUGUGUCCAAAGUUGGGGAAUGUGAAGGAAUUUUGCACUGAUGCCAAUAUACAAAUAUCAGCACUUUUUAACAGUGGCCAAUACAAAGACUGUGGUGUGAAACACAGCCUGGAUAUCUGGCAUGGUGCAAAGAACCUCAGUAAAAAGAUUCUGGCUGCCGGACAUGAGAAGGACUGUGCCCUGCUUCUGAGUUGGAACAGAGAUAUUUGCAACCACUUUUGGUACAGCUGUAAAGAAGCAGAAACGUUUGAAGCUUUUAACAAUCUCUGGACGGGAGUUCUGCAUCAUGUGACUGGCGUACAUGAGUGGUACUUUGGGGCCUGUCGACAUGGCCCUUUGGAGGAAGACAGAAAUAAAGAAUGGAUUCCAAAGGGCUCUGCAGCACACAGAAGACUCCAAACAAUCGUUUAUGAUGCACGCUGGUUGAAAAACAUACCAAAGUAUCUCUCUUUCAGAUCGACCUCAGACCUUAAGUCCUUCCACAAUCAUAUUCUUAUGUAUGCCUCAAAGCGCUUCUGCUUCAAACCACCAGUGUACUAUGCUCGGACCCUGUUGGCAGGGCUGGAUUAUAACUACCACCUAAGGAGCUCGAACAAAUGCAGAUGGCUCACAUCAGUAUGGCAGAAUUUUUAACAAAAGAUCUAAGAUGUGGCGGCUGUACACCAUCAAGAAUCCAAAAACCUACAAGUACAUCCCAGAUCUACAGAGCGCCAUUCUCCGUUCAAGACUGUUGGCUCCUAGAGGGAUGACAGGAAAGCAGCCUCUUGCACUUGAUGAUCCACGAAGGCUGGGGCUUUUGUCUGGAGGGCCUGCACCCACAGUACAAGAAUUAAAGGAAAAGAAAGCCAGCCGAGGACUAGGUCAACCAUCUCACACAUGACCUGUCAGUAGAUUUGGUGCUUGAAGAGAAUGUGAUUUUGGAAGUUUAGAUGGAUAUAAAGGGUGACAUCUAAUUUCCCCUGUACAGAAUGUGCCAUAUCAAAAAUGUUCUGGUAAAUGUAUGCCAUGUAUAAAAGAACAGUAUAUAAUUUGUAUAUUACAGCAAAUAAAAUACAAAACUUUCAAA